AUGGCAAAAGACGACUCACCCGAGGCUGUGGCGGCUGCCAGUAAGCUGGCUCUUAUCAGGAGUCCUCUCGUGACAGACUCUGGAUCUAGCUUCGAUGCUCUUCCUACCAAGCGCACUACGGCGCCUGAUUUAGCACUCUUUGGCAACCGAUACGAAGAUGACUGUCCCCAAUUCCUCAAGCACGAGGACGCCAGUCUGCUCGAGCUUUUCUACGAUCUCUUCUUCGCCGCAAACUACACCGUCUUUUGCGAGACCCAAGGUGUCAACAGUCAUGAGCGCUUCAAGGCUUACGUUGGCUACUUCAGUAUUCUCUGGAUCACAUGGCUUUCAACCAGCUUAUACGAUGUGCGAUUUGUAACCGACAGUCUCUUUGAACGUGCGGCUCGAGGUGUCCAUCUAGGUGUCAUGGUCGGAUUUGCCGUUGUUGCUCCCAAGUUUACACCCCACGAUCAGGAUAUAAAGACGAUGAGGACCAUGUCUCUCAUCCUCACGGUCUCUCGCCUAUGCUUAGCUGUCGAAUACGCCAGCAUCCUCUGGCACAUUCGAAGAUACAAGAAGCAGGCGCUGCCGAUGCUCCUACAGAUUGGCUUGAAUUUUGUUCUCGCUAUGAUCUAUCUCGGAGUCACAUUCCGCUUCACCGACCACAACAGCAACGUCUUCAUGACGUGGUAUGUUCUCGCUGGUGUUGAGGUCAUCCUUACCUUUGCCAUAGCCUAUAUCUUCCCAGUAUUGAGUUUCCAAGGAACCCACUUGAUGAAGCGAAUGGGCCUCUUGACUGUCAUUGUUGUUGGUGAUGGAAUUAUCACCAUUUGCCGAAGUGUAGUCACCAUUGUUGAGGCCCCUGAUUCGUGGAAUUCUCAAACAAUUGGAAUUGUCACUGCCGCUGCAACAGCCAUUUACGCCGUCUUUCUCAUCUACUUCGACUGGAUGAGAAGUCCCUACCUCCCCAAGUUCCGCCAGCAGCUCUGGACUCUGCUUCACUACCCUCUCCAUCUCGCCCUCUGCCUCUUCGUGCAAGGCUUCACUCAGCUCGUCAUCUGGACCAAGAUCUUUGAUGUCUUCUCCCACCUCGACACUAAUUCGGUGCUUCUGAACGACGAAAAGCUCUUGGCUAGAGCGACAACAAAAGAGAUCGUGAAGGAGAUGGAGAAGGUCGUGGCCGACUUCUUCAAGAUUUACACACCGCAAUACAUCACGACCCUGAACACGGCUGACGCGGCUCUGAAGAAUCUGUCCACCGUUAGCGACAAGCUCUGGGGUCAAGCCGUUAAAUACACCCAGACAAAUCUAGAGAAGGAUGCGCCCGAUCCUGUGCAGUUCCAGACCGUCCAAGAUGCCCUGCUAGCGCUUGUCAGUGCCAUGGAGAACGCUGUGCUCGAGACUUUCAAGAUCAAUCUCGUGAAAGAGGUUGAUGACGAGAAUCAGAGCAAGGGCAUCGAGCAAACUGACGCUAGCUUCGAGUCGGAGCUCAACGAGAAAACGGCGAUACGAUUUAUCCUCAUUUUCAACUACACAUACAUAGCUGCUGGCAUCUCCCUUAUUCUCAUGGUUACCCUCUCUAUCAUCUCGCGCACGCGCCCCUGGAGCAAAUGGGCCAUCACCCGCCAUACCAUCUUCGCUCUCCUCGGCGUGGGAACUAGCCUCGUCGCUUGCUUGAGAUACAACCAAGAACAAGCCGACAAGUUCCAGGUCAGCGCUUGGAUGCUGCCUACUAUUACUCUCGUUUGGGUCGUCGUCCUCAUCAUGACACACAUCCGCAACCCGCCGCCUCUAUUUUUCAAAGGAAGUGAGUCUUUUUGGAGUAGGAAGAAAGAAGAGUCAUCGCAUAGCUAUAACAUGCCUUCGGAGGGACAGACAGCGUAUAAGGCGGUUCCACACACUCAAGUCGCUUCCUCCGUUUAG